AAAAACGGGUAGAUUAGCCAGUUGGUUUACUGGGAUAGGAACACUCCCCACUAAGAAACACUUUGGUAGGUAUACCACAGCAGCGCCAUCUAACAUACCUUCGGCAGGGAUAAGAUUUAGUCAGAUUUUCUAUUUUUAUUAUGCAUAAAUCGCCUAAAUAAGGCUCGUUUAGGCCACAUAUUUCCAUCCAAAAAUGUAUUUAAUUUAGAUUCUGAUACAAAGAAUUAUAUUUCAUAACAUUUAAGCUUUAUGUUUCAUAACUUUUUUCAUACUUAUUUUGUCACUUUUUCAUGCGUCUUAUUCCAUAUUAUGUGAUUUACAAUGUCUAACUAUCAAUAUAAUAUUAAAAUUGUUGUAGAAAUUUUGACAAUAUUGAUAUUAUCUGAACGUUUUUUUGAUGGGCACGCUGUAUGAUGAUGUAUGUAUUCUAACAACUUCUACCAACUACAGUAUCAACUGACAAUGCCGACGGGAUAAUUUUUUUUUCUCUAAAAUAAUACAUAUUAUGAUUUUACUUUACACUUUUUACAUAUAAUUUAAAUAAUUUUAUAAUUUUGCCCUAUUGUCGUACCGUAUUUAUUAAUUAUUUGAUUAAAUUAAUUAAGAAUUCGGACUCGGUCUACUAACUUGUGAAUAAGAAAAAUAUUUUUGAAAUUAUUCUUGAUAUACUGUCGAGGGUACAUACAAAUAAGUCGUAUAGAUCACUUCUGCAAUACAAAAAGAUUUAAAAAUAUUUUUAAGUUUACUUGGGCGAUAAGUACUUUUUGUUUUCACGAAGACUUCUCCAUAUUGUGUUGCUUAAUUAUUUGAAGGCCAACUACAUACAUUUUUUAUGUCGGCAUUCGAUUUUUGCUAGUGAGUAUGGGUCGAAGCAACAGACAAGAACCUUGCAGACCUGAGGUAUCAUGUAAAUUGUUCCGUUAAAGGUUUUGUUAUAAUAUUAUUACUGUGAUAAGUGAAAACAUGAAUUUCUACUGGUCUUUAUUUUUGGUGGUUAUUGUUACGCCGUUUUGCGAAUCGGCUAAUAUACUAUAUGUUAUACCGUUUACAUCUAAAUCACAUUAUAUUAUGCUGAGGCCCAUUGGCCUGGAGUUGGCACGAAGAGGUCACAAUGUUACUGUUAUUACUGCUAAUAAGGAGGAUAAUCCUCCACCCAAUUACCACGAAGUGAUGGUUGACGAUAAAAAAAUAUGGGAAGUUAUUGGUGGCGAAAGACCGAAUGUGUUUACAAUGGUCCAACUAUCGGCGGAAAGGUUUCACGAAAAGAUAUUGUGGAAUGGAGGCAUAGCAUUCACUGAAGUGACCCUUAACUCAACGAAAGUGAAAAGUUUUCUUAAACAAGAUAUAAAAUUUGAUUUAGUUAUAUGCGAACAAUUCUUCCAAGAAGCUUUAUAUGCCCUUGCGCAUAAGUAUAAUGCACCACUCGCAUUGGUGACUACUUUUGGGAACUGUAUGAGACACAAUAUUCUGGUUCGAAAUCCUUUACAAUUAGCUACUACAAUAUCAGAAUUUCUGGACAUUGAAGAACCGGGGAGUUUCUGGGGACGUCUGAGAAACCUGUAUUUCACGGCGUACGAGUUUCUAUGGUGGAAGCUUUGGUAUAUGGAAAAGCAAGAAGAUCUUGUAAAGAAAUACAUGUUUAAUUUACCACAACCAAUCCCGUCAUUGUAUGAAAUCCAAAAGAACAGUUCACUCAUUCUAAUAAACAGUCAUUUCAGUUAUGAUACUCCUAUGGCAUUUUUGCCUAAUGUGGUUGAAGUGGGGGGUUUGCAUUUGAUAAAAACUGAAAAAGAUCUUCCUAAAGACUUACAAAAGCUUUUAGACGAAUCCCAUCAUGGGGUUGUAUACGUUAAUUUCGGGUCUAAUGUACGAAGUAAUGAACUACCAGUCGCAAAACGGGAUGCAUUCUUGAAUGUGUUUAGAAAAUUAAAACAAACAGUUCUAUGGAAAUGGGAAGAUGACAGUUUGAAAGAUGCACCCAGUAAUUUGGCAGUGAGACCGUGGCUACCCCAAAAAGAGAUCUUAGCGCAUCCAAAUAUAAAAUUGUUUAUAUCACAUGGCGGUCUAAUUGGAACACAGGAAGCUAUCUACAACGGUAUACCAAUAAUAGGCAUACCCAUAUAUGCGGACCAAUUCAACAAUUUACUCCUAGCCGAAGAAAGAGGAUUCGGAAAAAUACUGCAAUUCCAAGACAUCAACGAAAAUAGACUCGAACAGCUAAUUAACGAUGUUCUUCAUAAUAAAACCUACGCAGACAAUGCUAAAGUAGUAUCUCAAAGGUGUAAAGAUAGGCCGCUUAAUGCUUUAGAUACGGCCAUGUAUUGGUUAGAAUUUGUUAUACGAUACAAAGGUGCUGAAUUUAUAAAGAAUCCAGCAAGAGAUAUGACCUGGAUGGGAUAUAAUAUGUUGGAUGUAUACGUUUUUAUAUUGAUAGUUUUAGUGGGUGCAGUUUCCAUAAUACUGUAUGCUGUUUUGCAAAUCACUCAUAUGUUACGGUUUAAAGAUUUUUCGAAACAAAAAAAGAUGGAUUAGUAAUGACGGCCUUAGCGAAGUCUGCGUUCAAUGACUUUGUUUCCUCCUAACUCUAAAAUUCUAUGCGCUAAGUAUGACUACUGAAUUGGACUUUGGACGUGGAUUUUGACAUACGCCAUAAUUCGCAUUAAAUUCCGACUUUGAGUCUAACUCUGUUCGUUAAUACUCCAUAUUUAUUACAUUGGGUUCAGCGGUUUGUAUAGCGGCUAAAUGGUUAACUUAAAUUUCUAUUUUGUUACUAAUAAGAAAAUCCCUGUUUGUCUUUGGAUAAUAAUCGUGAAUACAAUCUCUCACAAAAACAAACAAAAUUGUCGACGGGUUGAUAAAGUGUCACCCAUACAGGACUUACGAGAUCACCCCUGAGGUUUAUGGGAUGAUGCUAUAUUUUAAUUUUAAGACUAUAAAUAGAAUAAUUUCAAUUUUGACUUAAUAAUAAAAUAUAUUUGAGUA